GGGCCCACCAUGCCCGGGGCAGCGGCCCAGGGACUCUGAGCGCCGCUCCCGCCUUCCCCUCGCAGCGCCGCGGCCGCAGCCCAAGAAGAGCCAAAAAAUUCUCCUUCCUCUCCCUUGUGAAGAUAAAGCUGUUCUGGUAGCCUGGGGCAGUGGUGACAGGAGAGACAGACAGCGCAUACAAAGGGAAGUGGAGAAGAGAGAACACAGUGAAAGGAGGCAUCUUCAGGAGAGGGAUCAGGCACAAAAAAAGGCUAGUGCACUUAAGCAUGAAUAUUGAAGACAAACUUGGAGGAUUAUUUCUUAAAUGUGGUGGCAUAGACCAAAUGCAGUCAUCCAGGGCAAUGGUAGGGAUGGGUGCAGUAUCUGACCAAUCUUCAAUAUCUGGGGAACGGCAAGAAGCAGUGCUUCAAGACCGGACUAUGGCACAUCAAGAAAUUCUUACAACAGAUGAAGUGUUACAAGAAAGUGAGCUUCGACAGCAAGAGAUGAUUUCACAUGAUGAACUCAUGGUCCAUGAGGAGACGGUAAAAAAUGAUGAUGAGCUGGAGGCUCAAGAUAGACUUCCUCAAGGGCUACAGUACGCAGUCAAUGUUCCUAUCAGUGUAAAGCAAGAAAUUACUUUUACUGAUGCAUCUGAACAACAGAAGAGAGACAAAAAACAAAUACGAGAGCCAGUAGAUUUACAGAAAAAGAAGAAAAGAAAACAGCGUUCACCAGCAAAGAUCCUUACAAUAAAUGAGGAUGGAUCACUUGGUGUGAAAACCCCCAAAUCUCAUGUUUGUGAGCAUUGCAAUGCUGCCUUUAGAACCAACUACCAUUUACAGAGACAUGUCUUCAUUCAUACAGGUGAAAAACCAUUUCAGUGCAGUCAAUGCGACAUGCGUUUCAUACAGAAGUACCUGCUACAGAGACAUGAGAAGAUUCAUACUGGUGAAAAACCAUUUCGCUGUGAUGAAUGUGGUAUGAGGUUCAUACAGAAGUAUCAUAUGGAAAGGCACAAGAGAACUCAUAGUGGAGAGAAGCCUUACCAGUGUGAAUAUUGUUUGCAGUACUUUUCCAGAACUGAUCGUGUGCUGAAACAUAAACGUAUGUGCCAUGAGAGCCGUGACAAGAAACCUAAUAGAAGUGCCACCAAAGUUGGCCUUUUGACAUCUGAGGAAGAUCCUGGCUUCUCUACACCGAUGAAAGACAGCUCCCUGCCAAAGAAGAAAAGACAGAAAACAGAGAAAGCAAAGUCUGUGGACAAGGAAAUUGGAGAUAAAUCAGAACAGAAGAAGGAUAAAAAUGACUACUUGCCUUUGUAUUCUGCCAGUGCUAAAGUAAAGGAUGAAUAUAUGGUGGCAGAAUAUGCUGUUGAGAUGCCACAUUCUUCUGUCAGUGGGUCACAUUUAGAAGAUGCAAAUUCUGGAGAAAUACACCCACCUAAACUGGUUCUCAAAAAAGUUACUAGUAAGAGAAGUCUAAAACAGCCACUUGAGCAAAGUCAGACCAUUUCACCUUUAUCUACAUAUGAAGAGAACAAGGUUUCAAAGUAUGCCUUUGAUCUUGUGGAUAAACAAGGUUUAUUGGACGCAGAUGGUAAUGCUGACAUUGACCAAGUUGAUACUUUACAGGAAGGACCCAGUAAACCUGUACACAGCAGCACUAAUUAUGAUGAUGCAAUGCAAUUUUUAAAGAAAAAGAGGUAUCUGCAAGCGGCUAGUAAUAAUAGUAGAGAAUAUGCCCUGAAUGUAGGUACUAUAGCAUCUCAACCUUCAGUAACACAGGCAGCUGUAGCAAGUGUCAUUGAUGAAAGUACCACAGCAUCCAUAUUAGAUUCACAGGCACUGAAUGUGGAAAUUAAAAGUAACCAUGACAAAAAUGUCAUUCCAGAUGAGGUGCUUCAAACUCUACUAGAUCAUUAUUCCCACAAGGCUAAUGGACAACAUGAAAUAUCUUUCAAUGUGACGGAUACUGAGGUGACCUCCAGUAUAUCAAUCAAUUCUUCUGAAGUAUCUGAGGUCACCCAGUCUGAAACUGUUGGAACAAGCUCUCAAGCUUCCUCAUCAGAUAAAGCCAGUAUGUUACAAGAAUAUUCAAAGUUUCUACAACAAGCGUUGGACAGAACUAGCCAAAAUGAUGCCUAUUUGAACAACCCAAGCCUUAAUUUUGUGACUGAUAACCAGACUCUUACAAGCCAGCCAGCAUUCUCUUCCAUAGACAAACAGGUCUACGCUUCUAUACCUGUCAAUAGCUUUCGAUCGGGAAUGAACUCUCCAUUAAGAACAACUCCAGACAAGUCUCAUUUUGGACUAAUGGUUGCUGAUUCCCAGCACUCUUUUCCCUUUUCAGGUGAUGAGGCGAAUCAUUCUUCCUCCUCCUCUGCACAGGACUUCUUGGAUCAAGUGACUUCUCAGAAGAAAGCAGAGGCACAGCCUGUCCAUCAGGCUUAUCAAAUGAGCUCCUUUGAGCAGCCCUUCAGAGCUCAAUACCAUGGAGCAAGAGCUGGAAUAUCACCUCAGUUUAGCACUGCCAAUGGACAGGUGAACCUGCGAGGGCCAGGGACAAGUGCUGAAUUCCCUGAAUUUCCCUUGGUGAAUGUAAAUGAUAGUAGAGCUGGGAUGACUUCUUCACCUGAUGCCACAACGGGCCAGACUUUUGGCUAAGAAAAUCUUUGUAAAUAAUAUUGGCACUUUAGAACAGAUCUGUCAAGAGUGGUGUUGCUCUGUAUCAAAUGGAGUGCUGUACAGCUUUUAAGAACGUUGUGUUAUAACAAAAAUAAGCUGAUAUAGCAAGAUCAAUAACUUCAUUUUUGGUUAGUCCACCAGUCAUUGAACUGCCUUACAUGUUGUCUCUCCUAUAAAAGGCAGUUUAUUGCUCACUUGUUCGAGACCAGAAACUUGCUCUUUUACAUACACUUAAAUUUAAAACAAAACACAAAACCCAAGGUAAGAUUUCCUCCCAUAAUAGUUUCCUAUUUGGUUUCAUUGUACGUUCUUGGUAGAACAGUAAUUGUCAUGUUGUCAUUUUCUAAGCUUGUCAGUGUAGUCAUUGCUCUUCAGUAGGGAACCUAAAUAUACUAAACAGAAUAAACUGAAAGUUUAAAUGUCAAGCGAUUAUGGCUAAACCACAUUGGUGUAUAGAAAUACCCUUUCUUCCCUCUUAAAAUGAAAUAUAUGCCAUAUGCCCUUUAUUUUUGCUUUGCAUUACACUGAGCUGUGUUUUGGAGGAAAAAAGUAAUAAUAAAUUCUGAUAGACUAACUCCAUUAUUUAAAAGUCUAAUUAAUUUAAAAUACUUUAAAAACUUUUUUAGCAAAAUACAUGUCUGCUAAUGCAUUUACUUCAGUCCUGAAGUGUGUUGCAUAUUUCUUUGUACAGUUGAACCUAGACAUAACUUUUUAUGAUUCUUUCACAUGCAGAUAUCAAGAUUUUGAAGUUUUAGUUAAAAUACUCUGUAGAUUACAUUCCCAAUUACUUAAAGCUUACACAAAUUGUGUAUUCCGAGAUUUUAAAGCUUAAUCGUACUUUAUCCUGCAUAUUCACAGUGAUUAACAAAGAGCACUUAGUUUCUAUUUGAUAUUUUUUGAUUUCUCAAAGAGUAAAAACUAUUUUAGAUUUUUAGGUCUGAUAUGGCUGCAUCAUUAUCAUCUCAUACAACACUGAUUAAUAUUUUUUAAUAUAAAAUGAGAUUGGAAUUUCUUAGCUUCUGUUAAAACUGGUUUAAUUUUCUCUAUCUAGAACUUUGACAAUUCAGAUAAUUAAACAUACUAAAGCAUCCCAAGAAGCUGAAGUGGGCCUUCUAAUUGCAUAUCUUUUUAAUGAUUUCUUAAUGAACAAUGUUCAUUACAAUUUUACCAACCAAAACUGUUGACUAAUGCUAGUGAACAGAAUUUUUUUCAGUAUAGAUGAAUGAUCAGAAGCUUUUGUUGCAUUUCACAGUAUAAAUAAACUGCAAACUUUAUCCCUGUACCAUGAA